AUGGUGAUUGAUGGGACUCUUCAGCUCGUCAAGAACAAAAUUGCCACCGAGGUAUUUUUAUCCGUGACGAAGGAGUACGCCGGAAAGAUUCAACUCGUCUUUACAGGGGCCACCAAGCAGAUAAUGGACUUUUGUAAUAACGGCGAGCUCCGAUGGCGUUUUCCAGAGAGAAUACAGCUGAAGGACCACACGGAUGCCGACAUACGCUACCUCAUAUUGCAACAUCUCAAGAGAAACAUAAAAGUCUCUUCAGUCGAGGGUGGUUGGGAGGGAGUCUACAUUAAUAUCCUGGCCCGCAGGAUUGGCCGCAGCAGGGGAGGAAAUCAAUUUGCAAACCACUGGACAUUAGAAACAGAUCUCGCAAAAGUCUUUCAUCGUCAAGCGGACAGAAUUCGGCGGCAACAACCUCUAGUCGCUUCAGAGGAAGCAGGAGACGAUCCGAUUCACUUUCUCACCAAAUCAGACCUGAUCGGACCUGAGCCGUCGGAUAUCAACAGUCAAAUUGACGCAUGGAAGGAUUUACAAAGCAUGACUGGCCUGGAAAAAGUCAAGGCAGCAAUCAACGAGCUCAUGCGACGCGCCCAUACCAAUUAUCAUCGCGAGCUCCAGGGAAAGGAGCCGCUCCAAACAACUCUCAACCGCGUCUUUCUCGGUCUACCGGGGACAGGCAAAACCACAGUGGCCAAGCUUUACGGACAGAUCCUGGCCUCGUUGGGUCUUCUGUCUAGCAGCGAAGUUGUGAUUAAGAAUCCAGCUGACUUCAUCGGGCAGUAUAUCGGCGACUCGGAAUUGAACACCAAGUCAAUCCUUGAGGCUACCGAGGGGAAGGUGCUCAUCAUCGACGACUUUCACAUGCUGUAUCAAGGGAAUGGACAUGGAACCAAUGAUUCAGACUCUUUUCGACUGGUCGUGGUAGAUACGAUGGUUGCUAUACUGCAGAACAAGCCAUCUGAUGACCGUUGUGUUAUCCUUAUCGGAUAUCCAGAUCUCAUGCAAGAGUUUUUCAGGAAUACAAAUCCAGGGUUGCAGAGAAGAUUUCCACUCGAGGAUGCUUUUGUUUUUGAGGACUAUGAGCUGAGGCAUUUGAGUCAGAUUCUUGACCUCAAGCUAUCCCGAGACCAAAUUCAAAUAUCAGAGAAAGCCAAAACUGUCGCUCUUGAGAUGCUUUCCCGGGCUCGUGAUAGACCCAAUUUUGGAAAUGGGGGCGACGUCGAGAAUCUGCUGGGCCGAGCCAAAACAGCGUGUCAUACUCGAACCAAAGACUCCCCGCAGCCGCCAGAAGUGACUAUUCUAGAGCCACAGGACUUCGAUUACGAUUACAAUCGAGCGUCACAUCCCGGUGAUGUUUGCGAAUCACUAUUCUCUGGUAUGGUUGGCUUCGAGGAAAUCAUCGCUUUAUUCAAAGGCUACCAGGAGAUGGUAGCAGCGAUGCGGCGACAUCAUAUCGACCCGCGCCCCUAUAUCCCGUUUACUUUUGUAUUCAAGGGGCCGCCUGGAUCCGGGAAGACAACAACAGCCCGUUUUGUAGGCCGUAUCUUUUAUGAGAUGGGCUUUCUUUCAACCUCCGAGGUAGUCGAGUGCUCUGCAACAAACCUGGUCGGACAGUACCACGGCCACACAGGGCCGAAAACAAUAGCGCUACUGGAGAGUGCUUUGGGGAAAGUGCUAUUCAUCGACGAAGCCUACCGCCUGUCGCACGGGUUUUCCCCUCGAGGCUCCGGAGGAAGCUUUGCGCAGGAAGCAGUUGAAGAAUUGGUGGACUGCAUGACGAAGCCGCGCUAUGCGCGCAAGGUGGUCAUAGUUCUUGCGGGUUAUAGUGGAGAUAUGGACAGGAUGAUGAGAAUGAAUCAGGGGCUGCGUGGUCGAUUCGCCACGGAUAUUGUCUUCCCACAACUGCUCCCCGGUCAUUGCUUGAAGCAUCUUGAAGAGCAGAUUGGAAAAUCAAAAGUCACAAUCAGAUAUGAGCCUGACCCGAAUCGUGAAAGGAAAAAAAUUGUCUUUCGCCUUUUUGCAAAGCUGAGUGGCACUAAGUCCUGGGCGAAUGGACGAGAUGUGGAGGCCUUGUCACGGAGCAUCGUUGGCUAUGUAUUCAAAAAUCAGGGAAAGGUAAAGCACGUUGACCAGCUUUCUAUCUCUCUCGAUGAUCUUAUUCUGUUCUUGAAGGACAUGUUACGAAAGCGAAAACAGGGCCAUGGGGACAAGGCACAUUGA